AUGGCCUCGUUCCUCAGAACACGGAUACACGUCGCAAGGUCAGCGGGAACGUCGAUUUCCGCAGGCCCAUCACGCCUCCGCUCUCCGUUAUUUUCCCGCGCUGCCUCGUCCUCGGCAACAACCGCGUCUUCCUCUGAGGAAGGUUGGGAACUCAUCAUCGGUCUCGAGAUCCAUGCCCAGAUCCGAACGGGCAGCAAGCUCUUCUCUCGUGCCAAGACUGUGUAUGAUGAGAUGCCCAACACCCACGUUCAGCUGCUCGACGCUGCCUUCCCUGGAACGCUUCCAGUGAUCGACCCGGAGGCUGUCAGGCUGGCUCUACUCACAGCCAUGGCUCUGAACUGUAACAUCAACCCUCGCUCGACCUUUGACAGGAAGCACUACUUCUACCACGAUAUCCCUCCUUCAUACCAAAUCACACAGCACUACAACCCCAUUGCCCGCAAUGGAACGCUGCGAUUUGAGGCCGGUGAACCCGGUGUGAACAGGACAUUCGACGUCGGAAUCCACCAGCUUCAGAUUGAACAGGACACGGCCAAGAGCCAGACUGUCGCUUCCGAGGUGCUAGUAGACCUCAACCGUGCCGGUACGGGUCUCAUGGAGAUUGUCACUGAGCCCCACAUGCGUUCCUCGGAUGAGGCGGGUGCGUUUGUCCGCAAGCUCCAGGGUCUGUUGCGGCGUGUUGGCUCGGGUGAUGGUGACAUGGAGAAAGGCAACCUCCGCGUCGAUGCCAAUGUCUCUGUUCGCCGCCCCGGACAACCCUUCCGAACCCGCUGUGAGGUCAAGAACAUCAACUCUGUCCGAUUCUUGCAACAAGCCAUUGAGGCGGAGCGUAAACGUCACAUCGAGCACUACGAGACACAACCUGGUGUCCCCCUGCGUCAGGAGACUCGCGGUCUGAACGAGAUGACAGGCGAGACGUACAGCCUACGCUCAAAGGAGGACGCCGAGGACUACCGCUACAUGCCCGACUCGAACCUGCCCGCGCUCGCGAUCGCUCCUGCCUUCCUCGAGUCCCUCCGCACCGCCGUCCCCGAGUUACCAUGGGAGACGGUGUCUCGUCUGACGUCGACGUUUGGUGUUGACCGCCGUGACGUCGAGACGCUCAUUGGACUGGACGAGUACACUGGCGCAGGCAUCGCGUACUUUGAAGCAGUUGUUGGAAACAACGCUGAGCUGGGCAAGAAGGCGUCCAACUGGGUCACGCACGAGCUCCUCGGACGGCUCACCAAGAACAACAAGACGUGGUCGCCCGAGGUGGUACCCGCCAGCCUGCUGGGCGAAAUUGUCAGUGCCGUCGAGGGCGGCAAGGUGACGGGCACUGUAGGCCGCUCGGUUCUCAAGCAUGUUGUGAUGACGGGGGACACCUCGAAGGACUUUGAGACGCUCGUCUCGGAACUCGGUCUGUCCGCGUCCGCCGACGACCUCCGGGCCUCGUGUGAGGCUGUCAUUGCAAAGUUGCCCAAGGAGGCUGAAAAAAUCCGCCAGGGCAACCAAAAGGUUGUGAUGCGUCUUGUGGGCGAGGUCAUGAAGAUGAGCAAGGGUGCGGCGGAUGCGAAGCGUGCAAAGGACAUGUUCUUUGAGCUUCUCAAGUAG